AUGGAUGCAAGUGGGUUUUUUAGAGGUACAUCCUCGGAACAAGACAAUAGAUUUGCAGAUAAAGAAAAGAAACUACUUAAAGUAAUGAAGUUUCCUCCUCAUUUUAACACUAAACUAGACAUAACUAAAGUUAAUUUACCUACUUUUAGGAAAUGGAUCACAAAACAGGUAAUCGAAAUGCUCUCUUUUGAAGAUGACGUUCUAAUUAAUUAUGUAGCUGAUUUAGUUGAAAAGAAUGUUGAUCCAAAGAUUAUGCAAAUUCGGUUGACAGGAUUCUUAGAGGAUAAUACAGACUCUUUUAUGAACAAGUUGUGGAAAUUGCUGUUGGACGCACAAGAUUCGGUGGCUGGUAUCCCCGAGGAAUUCUUAAAGGAUGCUGAAUUAAUGUCGUCGAGAGCAAUGGCAGAGGAGAAUAGAAUCAAAGAGGCAUUGGACAGAGCACAAGCAAGAAUGGGAAAUACAAGUCGUGUUGCUAGUAAUAGUGUUAGUGGUGGUGGCGGUAGCAGUGGUAAUAACCAACAAACAAACAUGUUAAUGCAACAACAACAACAACUCUUACAACUACAACAAUUACAACAACAAGAGGAGAAUUUGAAGCAAUUACAAGCACAACUAUUACUCCAACAAACCAAUCCUGCCGCUGCUGCUGCUGCCGCAUCGGUAUCUACACACAAACAAAGUUUUAGUAGUGUGGUUGGAGAUGUCAAGCCUGUUCCACCUACUUCUUCCUCCUCCUCCUCGUAUGGACUACAAAAGAGAAAAGAAACAGAAGAUUAUCAUCAUUCAUCAUCAUCAUCGUCGAUGGCCAAUUUAGAAGAUGAUAGAAAAUAUAGACGUUUUGAUACUGGACGCGAUAGAUAUCAUCACGACGACUACAACAAUAACAGAGAUAAUAGAAGAGAUGGCGGAUCGUACGACAGAUAUCAUUACGGAGGCGGCGGCGACAAUAGAGAUCGAUAUGAUGAUCGAAGAGGAGGUGACAGAUAUGACGAUCGAAGAGGUGGAUAUGAUGAUCGCAGAGAUCGAUAUGACGACCGAAGAGGUGGAGGUGGUGACAGAUACGAUGACCGAAGAGGUGGUGGAGUUGACAGAUAUGAUGACCGAAGAGGUGGUGGUGACAGAUACAAUGACCGAAGAGGUGGUGGUGACAGAUACGAUGACAGAAGAGAUAGAUACGAUGACAGACGAGAUAGAUAUGAUGAUAGACCAUCCUCCUCCUCCUCAUCCUCAUCGUCAUACAGUAACCGCGACAAGGAUAGAUACUAUAACGAUAGAGACAGAGAAUCAACAAGAAAGGAUUAUGAUAGAAAGGAUAGAUAUGAUGAUAGAGAUCGUGACAGAGACAGAUCUAGGGAUAGAUCAAAGGAAAGAUACUCAUCAUCAUCUUCAAAAAAAGAGGAUAGAGGUAGAUCAAGAGAUAGAGUAAAAGAAGAGGAUGAAAAGGAAAACAAUAACGACACUGACAACAAUAACAACGACAAUUCUCGUCAAGAAAGUAGUAGAUCAAGAUCAAGAUCAAAAUCACAAGAUAAUAAUAAUGAUGAUGACCAAAACGACAACAACACCAACAAGUACAGUGACGACGAAAAUGUUAAAGAAGAAUAA